AUGGAACCAGAGUCAUUAUCUCAACAAAUAAGGCCACGCUUCGCACGAAAAUAUGGUCGCUCAUACCAUCACUUCGGACAGCUUUCCUCUGCAAGCUUGGGCAGUCGCAAUCUGGGGAAAGUAAGGGUGGAUUGUAGAUUCCGUCUGUCUGAAUCCCAAUGGGGAGUGCUGAAUCAAUCCACUCCGGCGGGGGUUUUAUACGUCGACCUCAAUUUCGACCAGCCCCAAGAUUGUCGGCUCAAGUCUGCCACCGUGCUAAUGACGCUUGAUAAGGAAAAGCCCGUUUCCACAGCUACACCCCUCAACCGCGAUACACUCCAGUUGACCGACUACUAUGGCCCGAAGCAUCUCAGCGGCGAACCAACGACCUUGCCCAGGAGGCGAGUUUACCAAUUUAUGCCGGAGGUGAAUGCCAUGGGAUGCAGCGGCGGUGGGGUCGGUGUUAAUAGCGAGAAAACAACAAACGAGGUCCGGCGAUGGAUGUUCACCGGCCAAUUGAUGCCGGGCAAAGCCCCGAACAAUGCGGUCGCAUAUCGUACGCUGAAGUGGGAGUUGACCGAGAAUGAUCUCGACUCGCAAUCAUUUCACAAUAACGUAAUUCGGACAGGUUUCGCAUUCGAGCAUGACCGUGAAGCCUUUCGGAUACGCGUCGAAAUACAAGGCAAAUUGCAGAAGCGAACUCAUCAGCUGAAAGAAUCAUGGAAGGAUAAAACCCGACAUUUCAAGUUUCCUCCAGAAGCGGACCGGGAUCAGGGGUCUGCGAUCACUUUGGUCGAUGUUCGACAAACGAGACAGUUUCAGCGCAACAUUGAUAAUUUGGCAAUGGGUCUACCGCAUGAGAUGGUCAGGCGGAACCAGCUCGAGGUUCCUGUGGAGGUUCCGAAUUCCAUGCCGUCGUUGUUUCAGGAGCUGCCUUCUGCUUUCCAUCCGUCUGACAUUCAGUCACCGACCUCAAUUAAGAGUGGUGUUAGUGAGCAUCUGGAAGGUCCAUCGGCCCAAGACCUCAUAUCCGCGACUCGGAUCAUCGGCAGUGAGAGCCAACAAACCGAGUCCAGUAUUUCUUCCCCGCCUUCAUCAUCCACAACAUUGGUAAAUGGUCAAGAAGGCCUGACGACAACUACAUCGUCACCUUCAGCCCAAUCAAAAGCAGCUGCGACAGCAGCAUCAGCAAGCGAUCAACCUGUUGAGCCGGACUCCCGUCCACCGUCCCUAUCACCUUUCCUAUUCAUCCUUCGCAUGCUUGAAGCGAUGAUUGUCGGUCUCAUUCUGCGGUUGGAGCCGGCAUCCUCCAGGAGUCUGUUGGAUAAAAGCGAUGUUAAGCAGAAUGUUGCUCCGCAGGGGAAUCAAAAGGGGAGUCGAUGA